CUCAAUUGUCACACCUGCAUCGUCAAACUAAUUACAUUCAUGAUGGCCUGUGUUGCGGUUCGCGUGGUGAGGUUUCUAUGGGUUCUAAUUCACCUGCCUGACAAGCGAACCAUAAAAAAGAACGAUGGAGACAAAAAAAGGCUUGUUACCAAAGUGGCAUAUGUUGUUACGGGACCACAUGUGAAGCAUCCCCUACAAAACAGAUGGGGUCUCUGGUUCUACAAGAAUGAUAAGAGCAAAAUGUGGCAGGAUAACCUAAGACUCAUCACAAAGUUUGACACAGUGGAAGACUUCUGGGCAUUGUACAACAACAUUCAGCUGGCGAGCAAGCUUUCAUCCGGUUGUGACUACUCAGUGUUUAAGGAUGGCAUUGAGCCCAUGUGGGAAGACCGAAGUAACAAGUGUGGGGGCCGCUGGCUGAUUACACUCUCAAAGCAGCAGAGACACACUGAACUCGACCGCUUCUGGAAGGAGACGCUCCUUUGCCUCAUUGGAGAGGCCUUUGGUUCCUAUAGCAGGGACGUUUGUGGAGCUGUCAUAAAUGUUCGAGCCAAAGGUGAUAAAAUCGCCAUCUGGACCACCAAUACAGAGAAUGGGGAAGCGGUCACCUAUAUUGGACGGAAGUACAAAGAAGGACUAGGCCUACCACAAAAGCUCAUCAUUGGAUAUCAAGCACAUGCAGACACAGCCACCAAGAGCAAUUCCAUAGCAAAGAACAAGUUUGUAGUGUAAAAAUGUAAUAACUGCUGUCAAGUCUCCCAUAGCCAAGUAGAAGUCUAAUCUUUGUUUCUCUGUACUAUUAUUUACUACAUUUUGUAUUUGCACACAUCUCUGAUACCUUAUUUAAACAGUACAUAGAUACCUGAGGGAGAUGGUUUUGUUUCUUUGAAAAGGGAAAUGCAUUUUUCUGUGGCUUUGAAAUAAAAGUAAUUAGGCUUC